AUGGACGAACAAUUCAAAUCAUCAUUGGAAAGGGCUAUUCUUUCGCAAACAGAUGCGACAGCAAACCAAGCUGUAAAACAGGAUGCUUUUAAUUAUUGCGAGCAAUUAAAACAAAGAGAGGAUAUUUGGAAGAUAUGUCUUCAAUUUGUCUUGGAAUCAAAGUAUGAUCAAGUAAAAUUAUGGUGCUUUGGAAUAUUGGCAAGUUUUAUUACGGAAAGGUCUCAAUUCUUGACCGAUCAAGACAAGGAUACUAUAAAACAAGCCUUGAUGCACUGGUUUGUAAAUAUUCUAACACCAAGAACAGAAGCUUUUAUCAGAAACAAGUUUUGUGAAGCAUUAAUUGCAAUCUUUAGAAUUGAGUAUUAUGCUCGUUGGCCAACAUUCUUCAAGGAUUUAUUUUCUAUUCUUUCAAAUUCACCAAGUGAAUUAAUGAUUGAUAUGUAUCUCAGAAUACUAGACACUAUUGACUUUGAAUUUGUUGCUAGAUUUGUUGAAAGAUCGGAAGUUAAUCACAAAAGGGCUAUUGAAAUUAAAGAUGCAAUGCGUGAAGACUGUAUUCCACAAGUUAUAGGCACUUUUUACACUAUUUUGACAGCUAAACAUGUUGUUUUAUCAAAUAAUUGUCUUAACACUAUGUCAAAUUAUAUUGAUUGGAUAGAUAUUAAUCUUGUGACAACUGAACAAUUUGUUCAACUCUAUUAUCAAUUUUUAAACACAGCAGAAUUUAGAACUAAGGCUUGUGAGUGUUUAUGUGUAUUGGUAGAAAAGGGUAUGAAUGACAAUGACAAACUCAAAUUAAUCACUUCUCUUCAAAUUCCACAAAUUUUAAUGAACAUGGUAGUUGACAGCUCCAAAGAUGAUGUCUUUGCAGAGGCAGUUUCUACUUUAGCUGCUGCAGUAGCUAAUCAACUCUUGGAAAUAUCCUCAAGACCAAAUCAAGAAAUGUUUCUUGCCACAACAGCUUCCAAACUUUUACAAGAUAUUCUUCCAUUCAUCUUGUCAUUGUUUGCUGAUCAAUACGACCAAGUUUCUUCCUCAGCAUCUAAUUUCUUAAAUGAUUUCAUUUCAGUCAUUAAGAAAUCCAAAUCCCCUCAUCCGGAAUCACUUCCAGCACAACUUCAAAAUAUGCUUACAACCAUUCAAAAUAAGGCUAAAUAUACUGAAGAUUUCGAUUUUGAUCCAUCCCAACGUGACGAUUAUGAAAAUGGAUUUUUAGAAUAUAGAAGAGAACUCUUUGUUUUGUUUAAGAAUAUUGGAGUUAUUGCUCCAGAUUUGGUAAAACAAUAUGUUCAAGCAUUGACAAAACACGUUGUUACAAAUGUUACUAAUUUGGGUUUUGCAGAUGUUGAAGUUUGUCUCACUUUACUCUUUUUAUCUGCAGAAAUUUUCUCAGAUUUGCUCAAGUCAAAUAAGGAGGACAAUAUUUUCCUUCCAUUAAUUUUAGAUAUUGUCACAAAUAAUAUUUCCUCUUAUCCACACUCCUCUGUUCAACUUGCCUACUUUGAACUUCUUUCCAGAUUUGCUCCUCUUGUUCCAAGAUUCCCAGAUGAAGUUAUUACUUCUAUGCUUCAAUCAUUUGUUGAUCAAAGAGGUUUGAGAAAUAACAAUGAACAAGUUCAAAGUAGAGCCAAAUUUUUAUUGGCCAAAUUCAUCAAACCUCUCAGGGAUAGAUUGAGUGGAUUCGUGGAACCAUUGUACACUUUUGUAAAAGAUAUUAUACAAGUCAACUUACCAACAGAUGAGGAAUUGACUGAGAACGACUCCACUAGUGACAAAUUCUUUUUAUAUGAGGCUAUUGGAUUUUUAUUAGCCUGCCAAAAUAUUAAAACAGAAACUAGACACAAGAUUUUCCAAGAAAUUUUCAUUCCAUUUUCCAAGAAUAUUGAAGAUGUUUUAAAUCAAAAGCUUUAUCUUUCAGAUACUCCCGAUAAACCAAGAUUCAAGAAGUACAUUAGUACAAUGAUUCGUGCUGCAGCUAUUUUGAGCAAGGGGUUCGAUGACAAUUCUAAUAAGGCACACAUCAAGGAUUCAGUGGUAUUUUUCAAACAUUUCCUCGCUUUGGUUACCAGAGUGCAUUCAGAAAUUCCUAAAAAUAAGGAAAUUCAAUCCAAUGUUAUUCUUUACUACCACAGAAUGAUUGUUUUAAUGGACGCUGAACUUUUAGAAAUAAUUCCAGGUACACUUUCCCAUCUCUAUCAAACCUGUACUGAAAUUAGUCAAAUGAAAGAUAUUCUUAUCCUUUUAGGUCAAUUAAUGCAAAAGCACAAAGAAAAAGUGAAUGGGCUCAUCAAUGAACUCUUGACACCAACAUUAACCAAAAUUUAUCAAAUGAUAAAUAAUGGUGUCUAUGACUACUCAUUGAAUAGCAGCAGUGAAGAAAUUAGAGAAAUUGCUGACUUGCAUAAGAAUUACUUUACAUUCAUUCACACAAUAUUGGCUAAUAAUUUGAGUCCUGUAUUAAUCUCUGAUGCUAACAGACAUUUAUUCAAUUCAGUCUUGGAGACUGUUUUUAAGGGUUGCCAACACUUGUCUGUUCAUCACAAAAAAUCAGCUCUGUUAUGCAUUGAAUCAUUUGCCAAUUCAUAUGCCAACAAUUUAGGAAAAGAGUUUAACGAGUAUAUAAUUUCUAAUGCAGUUAUGGAGACUUUCCAAAUGUUACUCAGUCCUGAUUUUGAUAUUAGUGAUGGAGCUUCUUUCAAUGUUAUUGUUGGAGUUUGUCAAGUUUACUCUGUUUUUGUUCAAAAGUUUGGUCCAGAAUUUUUGAAUUAUUUAGCCAAUAAUUUCUUACCUCGAGUUCCUCUCUCUGUGGAUGAAAUUCAAAACUUUUGUCUUACUCUUCAAGAUAUUCAUGUAAAUAAGGUGAAUGGUUUUGAAAGAUUCAAACAAUCUUUCUUCAAUUUAAUUCAAUCAAGAAAGACUAAGAAGAAGCAAACCCUUAUUAAAAAAAUGGAUAAAUUUGACUUUGGGGUUGUCAUUGAGAAGGCAAAACAGUUUGGUGUUGCUCUUGCAGAGGGAGAACUUCAAACAACAAAGAAUUUGGAAAAUGUUAGUUCGGAAAUCCAUAAUAUUCAAUCAAAGAAUACAUUACUACAUAAUCAAAUUACAACUCUCUGUUCCGCACAAGUAGAAGAAGCACAAAUUGCUUUAGGCUUAAUUAAUUCAUCACAAGUUGUUUUGAAGGAAGUUAAAAAAGAAUUUUCAGGAUUAAAAGAAAAGGCAAAGAAAGGACAAGAAAUUAUUAGACGUUAUUCAACAAUUAGACAAGCUUUUACAACCCUUAAUACCCUAGGGAAAACAAGAGAGUGGAUUGCCAGAUUACUUCACUUGAAGAAGGAAAUUGCGGAAAUUAAGUCAAUUCUAAAAUCACAAAUUGAAGAGUUUGGAGAUGAAGAAAAUGAGGAAGAGGAAGAAGAGGAGGAAGAAGACGAAUUUGGAGAUAUUGAUUUAUCAGUUUAUGGAUUUGAUGAUUCUGGUAUUGAUGGAGACUCUCAUAAUAUUCUUAUCGUGAUUUAUGAAAGAUUAUGUGGAUUGGAAGAAUUUAGAAUGAAAGUGUUGGAAGAGACUUCAGAUAACCAAGGAAUCAAGAAUGUUUUUAUGAGUUAUUUGGCAGUUAUAGAUUCUGCAUCCAGACUAUUCUCAAAGACCUUGGAAAAACAUUUUGAUCAUGCUGUUGGAUUGUCAAGUGAGGAACCAGAAAAAUUAAUGCAGGCAAUAAGAAUUAUGGAAAGAGAAGAGAAGAAGAAGAGUUUGGUUGAUGCUGGCCUUAAUCUAGGAGAUGAGGACGAGGGUAUUACUAUGUAUUCAUAUAAGAAUUAUAGACAAAUGUUUAGUGACUCUCUGCAACGAUACAUCAGAAAUACCCUUCGAUAUGAAGUUCAGAAUGAUGAAAAUGUGGAGGAAAUUACUUCUAAAAUGUAUAAUUUAAUUGAAGGAGAAAUGGAAAUUAUUGAAAGAAAUAUGGUUCCUUGUUUCCCAUCAAAGUACAAAAUUAUUGAAACCUGUAUUUAUUACUUUGACACUGAAGUGAGGUCAAUUCUUGGAGAAUUCAUACAUGAAGAUGCAGACAAUAUUACAAGAGCUCAAAUACUUGCUUGGCUCGGUAAUUAUCCUAAAGUUUACGAAAUCUACAAUGAUGAUUUGGAAAAUGUUAAAAUUGAUUAUAGUGCAUUAAUAAUGGAUCUUCAGUCAACAAUUAAUAUUACCUUCUUUCUCAUGCAACAAGUUAUUUUGAAUAUCAGACAAACAUUGUCUGACUAUGCUGCAACACUUCUUGAUGGUGUUAAAAAACAUGUUGAUAAGAUUACAAUCAAAAGAUUGAUAGCUCUAACAAACGACUGUUCGAAAUGUAUCCUAUUCACCAAUGAUUUGCAAGAACAAAUUAUUGAGGCAUUGCCUUCUGUAAAAUUAUCAGAAAUUACAAUGGAAGAAGUCACUCUAGGAUUCACAAAUCUUUCAAAAGAGUUGAUGAAUCUUAUUUGUAAUGUAUUCAUAUCUAAAUCUUCACCACUAUUAGAAAAGCUGUUUACAAAGGAUUGGUAUGUCAACAAAGGAGAGAGAACCUGUGUUACUGAUGCUCUUUCAUUGAUGCAAGAUGAUAUCCAGCUCCCAAUUGACUACAUGGAAUGGGAAAAUGUCGUUACAAUUGUUACCACCGUUUUUAAUGAUUUUGUACAAAAGUAUUUUGAUGCAUUCAUGACAAGGAAGUUUGUUUUAUCAGAGGCAGAAAGAGAGAUUGUGAUCAGUGAGGUUCAUGCUAGUGAAGAGUUUUUACCUCCUGAAGAUGAUCAUGAUUGGGUAUCAGGAAUCCUCAAACCAUUAAGAAUGUUAUUGGAUGUUUUUAGUACCAUUGAUGAUGAAGAUCUUUUACAAUGCAUGUCAGACUCAACAAGCACAUUCCCAGACCUUGGUGAAAUUGUAUUUGACACCUUAAUUAGAAAGUCUGGUUUUUCAAAGGAAGCUACUGAGCUGUAUCUUUCAACUUGUGCAAGCUUUUUUAAAACCAAAAGCAAACUCAACCAAGGUAAAAACACAAAGAAAUCAAUCUUUGGAGCUUACAACCCAGUUGAAAAACCAAUUGAAAAAGUCGAUCCAAAGAAGAAAGCUCCAGAAAAGAAGAAAAAGAAGAAACUUUUGGACAAAAUGUUCUCUUCUGAGGCUCCACAACCAGUUAGUUUGAGUUUGUCUGGCUCAGUUGACAUGGAUGAUGAAAUUGAGGAAAAGAACGAAAUUCCAAAGAAACCUGAACCAACCAACACUGGCUCAACAAGCUCUUCCAACCCUAAAACCAAAAAAGACAAAGUACAAGAGAUGAAUUUAAUGGAUUUCCUUGGAGAUGACGAUUAA